AUGCAGAGCGUGCCUGGCGGCGAAGCCGAAGCUGCAGCAGCAGCAGCAGCAGCAGCAGCUGCAGCAGCAGCAGCAGCAGCAGCAGCAGCAGCAGCAGCAGCAGCAGAUGAAGAGGAGACUAGCAGCAGCUGGACACAGGGGGAGACACAAGCCAGAGCCUUUUUUGAGUCGGAGCAGCGGCUUCUCUUUUUUGAGGAAAUACGUGAAAUAGAUGAUUGCUGCAGCAGCAGCAGCAGCGCAUGCAGCUGCUGGGACUGCAGCAGCAGCAGCAGCAGCAGCAGCAGCAGGCGGCAGCUGCCUGCAACCUCCUCAGCUACUGCUCUCCCUCUUUGUGCUGCUCUCGACGAUCGCUGGCAGGCAGCAGAAGAUACGCUUAUAGAAGCAGCAGAUGCAGCAACAUGGACGGCUCUGGCGCGCUGCAUCACGCUGCAGCAGCAGCAGCAGCAGCAGCAGCAGCAGCAGCAGCAGCAGCGGCAGCGGGGGGGGCAGCAGCAGCUGGGGGGGGGAGGGAGCGUCAGGUCUUCUUCUUCGCAGCAGCAGCUGUAUGGUCCUGCUGCAGCAGCAGAAACAGCAGCAGCAGCACCGCUGCUAUCUGCUGCAGCAAUAGAAACAGCGUUGCUGCUGCCGCUGCAGCCUCGUGCUGCUUGGUUGCUGCCUCCUUGGGCUUUACCUAAGGAGACUCUGGUGGGUGCUGCUGCUUGUCUUCCUGCUGCUGCUGCUGUUUCUAGAUACAGCAGCGUCUCGCUGCGUGAGCUGCUGCUGCUGCUGCUGCUGCAGGGGGUGCAGCAAACCUGCGGCGGUGGUGUGCCUCUUACAGCUGUGCCUUUCCCGCUGCUGCUGCUGGGCCUGGCCUUCAGCAGCAGCAGCAGCAGCAGCAGCAGCAGCAGCAGCAGGGGGGGAGGGUUGUCUUCGUUUGGUAUCUUGCCGCAGUGCAGCGAGGGUGUGUUGCUGCCAGCAGCAGCAGCAGCAGCAGCAGCAACCCUUGAGCCGCUGCAGCAGCUGCACUGGGGCCCCCGAUCGCUAGAACCUGAGACAAGUGUGGUUGCUGCUGUUGUGUCUGUAGUGCAGCAGCAGCAGCAGCAGCAGAUACCGCUGCUGCAGCAGCAGAUAGGGGACCUGCCCCCCCACCCAGCAGACAGCAGCGGGUGCUUCCUAGGCGAGUCCGAAAGGCUGCCGCUGCUAGCUGGGGUGUAUACGCAGCUCUGCUGCUGUGUUGCUGCGCUGCAGCUGCUGCAGCUGCUGGCAGCGCAUGCACAAACAGCAAAAGCAGCAAUGCAUGCAGUUGACACAGAGGAUCAGCAGCUUACUCUGCUGCUGCAGCAGCAGCAGCAGCAGCAGCAGCAGCAGCAACAAGCACUCGCACCCUUCUGCUGGGAAGGGAUAGAAACACAGCAACAAAUACAAUCCGCUCAAUUGGCAAGAAUGGAGAUGCGCAGCGUAUACUGCGUGCUGGGGGUAUUCUGCCAGCCCCUGUCUUGCUGCAGCAGCAGCAGCAGCAGCAGCAGCAGCAGCAGCACAGCAGCAGCAGCAGCAGCAGCAGCAGCAAGCAGCAGCAACUGCGGCCUCCUUGCUCAGAGAGCAGCAGAAGCAUUGAACUGCUGCUUCAGCAGCGAGAGGUUCUGCUGCCUGCAGCCGCGUCAGGUGUAUGGAUUGGUUGUGCUGCAGCAGCUGCUGCUGCUGGCCUGGGGUGUACAGGCAGCAGGCAGCAGCAGCAUACAAUCAAGGGCCUUCCCGCUGCAGCAGACGCAGCAGAUCCUGCUGCUGCUGACGGAGAUGCUGCACCUGCUGCCUCCUGCUGCUCGCGCGCUUCUAUACAGCAGCCUGCAGCUGCUGCUUACCCUGCCUGCUGCGGCCCAGCAGCAGCAGCAGCAGCAGCAGCAGCAGCAACAGCAGCAGCAGCAGCAGCAGCGCGAGGUAGCAGCAGCAGCAAGUGCUGCAGCAAGCCCCAUAUGCACAGCAUUCAUAGAAGAGCUGCUGGCAGACGAAGACAGAUAUCUCACGCUGCUGCUGCUGCUGCUGUUUGACGCUAGCCAGCAGCAAAGCAGCAGCAGCAGCAGCAGCAGCAGCAGCAGCAGCAGCAGCAGCAGCUGA